GUUAUCUCAGCCGUACGUUUUAGCCGACUUCUGAUCUGGUCCAUCCAUGCUGAGUAUUUCAUGAAUAUCAAAAGAUUACAACAAGCUUGGUUACAAGCUUGGAUUCACACAAUUAUUGUGAUAUAAUGAUUGUAAAGGUUUUCAUUUUAGAUAACCCGAUGAUUCCGCAGGCGCAGAUGAUAGAAAUACUGCAUACCUUUGCAUAGUGGUGGUCAAGGUCACGGCUAAGCUGUUAAAUUGUGUAACCCACAUUUUCUAUGAGAUUUGACUGGUGAAUGGACAUUAUCAAACUUUGUCGGUUUACAUGCAUGGACCCGUCCGGUGUGAAAUUCGUCAGUUCGGCGACCGCAAUUUCACUUUCGUAAAGGCGCUUUCUCGUUUUGUCACUUUCGAAAAAAAAAAUCAUUACUUGUGUGAAUCAAACCCGUUUUCGUUUAUAGUAAAUUCCAUUGAAAAGUGUUAAAUAAUUUUCGUGAACCGUGUAUGGUAUUUGUUUCACGGUAAAUGGAUUUUUAUCAAAAAAUAUGGUGUAUACCGAAGGAUAUUUGAAGGAGAAGCUGACCAAGGAUUUGGACGCCGUUCACGUCGAGGUGACGGAUGACAGUGACGGCUGUGGCGCGAAGUUCUCUGUGCUCAUCGUGUCGGACAAGUUCCAGGGGAAACCGCUACUUGCACGACAUAGAUUGGUGAACACAGUACUGCAAGAAGAACUGAAGAGUAUACACGCAUUUACGCAAAAGACUCUCACGGUUGAACAGUGGAACGCGCAGAAGUCUUGAAAUGUAAUUUGGAAAUAAUAAUGAAGUAGAACAAAAUAUAUGUUGUUUUUAUUGGUUCCUUGCGUGUAAAGACUUGUUAAAAAUGUUGAACGGAAUAGAUAACUUGUACACAGUAAGUGUGUCGGCUCCCGGGAAAGUGAUUCUUCAUGGGGAGCAUUCGGUUGUGUACGGGAAGACUGCGGUGGCUGUCAGUCUUGGACUCAGGAGCUCUAUUGUUAUUAAGGAAGUAAAUUAUCACGUGGAGCCAACGAUACGGAUACAUUUGCCAUGCGUCGGAUUAGAAGAAACAUUACUUUUAGAACCUACAGUUAAGAGCUUAUUCCACCCGAAGCUAGCUCCAGGGAUUACAGGCAAAUUCUCUUGGAGAUUACCUGAUAAGCUAGACCAUGACAACCAUUUGCGAAGGGUCGACGAGUUCCUACACAUCAUUAAACCUAACUUUGAUGCCUUGCAAAAUAACCAGAAGAAUUCCUUACGCAGUUUCCUAUACGUGUUUUCUGGAAUAUUUGGGAGCACAAACCUUCCUGUCCGAUCAAUGGACAUUUCCUUAGGAUCUGAGUUGACGAUUGGAGCUGGUACUGGCAGUUCAGCUUCAUUCGCCGUGUGUUUAGCAGGAGCGUUAAUCCAGCUCCUCAAAUUGAAGAGUUCGACAUCGUUCGACGCUUUCUAUGAUCAGACGAGUGAAGACUUUAGUAUGAAUGAGAGAGAAAUCAUAUCGGAAUGGGCGUAUAAUUGUGAGAGGAUAAUGCACGGAUCUCCAUCAGGUAUAGACAACGCAACUUGCACCUUCGGUUCGCUGGUUUCCUUCAAGAAAGGCAGUAAGCCCCGGCAUUUAGACAUCAAGAUGGACCUUCGGGUUCUCCUAGUGGACUCCCGCGUGUCCCGGGAGACUCGCGCCCUGGUCGUGAAGGUGGCAGCAUUGAGGCAAAGGAACACAGCUGCCGUUGAUCAUAUCCUAGACGCUUGUGAUCAUGUCGCUCACACAGCCACGCAGGUUUUGGAAAAACUCUCCAGUGGCAAGUGUGAGAUUGAUAGUGAAGCGGAGUACCAGCAUUUAGCAGAGCUGUGGGACAUGAACCACUGUCUGCUCUCGGCGCUGGGCGUGUCGCACCCCGCACUAGAAGCUAUUCGCAGCGCCGCCCGCGCCAAGGGGCUAGCUUGUAAACUUACGGGCGCCGGUGGUGGGGGUUACGCCAUGGUGUUAAUCCCGCCGACGACGCCGCGGUCCAUAGUAGACUCUCUAUGCGGGCAGCUGCUCGAAAACGGGUUCCGAGUGAAGGAGACACGACUGGGCGGCCCCGGCGUCUCCAUCGAGAUGUGACGCCGGCCGCACGCCAAGCGGCCGCGCCUCUCAUAGCCCAGUUUCUCAUGCUACAUCAGCUAAGUCGACCAACUGUUGCCCGACAGUCGCACAACUGUUGCCCAACAGUUGCGCCACAGUUGCUCGCGAGUUAACGAACGUUGCUGCUUAUCAGUAGAUGUUACGGGAGUUAGUGUUUAAUGUGACAGUUGUAUAAUAAAGUUGUCGCUUUUUAUGACAACUGAUGGUCUGUCCAAAGGUUUUGGGGUUUGCAAAUAUGUACCUGGGUGCGUAGUGUGUAGACAGUAUUUUUGCCGGACUAGGUCGGGAGAGGGUUAUAGUGUUCCAAUGUGCAAUGGGUGAGUGAAUCGUGAGCCUCAUGAGUAGAAAUCUCUUUUGUAGAUUCAAGGGAAAAGGAUAACUGACGCUUUGAAUCAAUGAAUACGGCUUUACGGCCUUAGAUAGAAUUAAUAUUUAAUUCAACACUGCGAGUUUAGAAACUCGAUUGAAAGUGAUUGAUCAACUGGAUGUGUGAAUGUUUUGACUCUUUCCAAUCAUAUUUUUAUAAAUAUUGGAAAGUGCCUAAGUGACUGUAUUGUCAUUCAAAGGUCUGUAUCAUGCAUGUUUUCUACCUCCUAAACUUUUUAAGGGUUUUCGCAAACAUUUUUAAUUUUUGUGUCGCAACAGUUUCACGAUUCGGUAGCGAUGAUUAUAAUGAAAUCACAUAUAAACUCGAAUGAGAAUAUUUUUUCAAUUUUAUGCAAUUGUGUGUGCACACUAAAAAUGCUUGCAUAACCCUAUGAAUCUUGCAUUUGAUGUUAUUGCAAGUUGAGGAAUAACGUCAUAUUGACUCCAAAAUGUUAUAGAAUAUCUCUAUCGAAUGGUUGUAUUUAUAUAUUUAGGUAUACAGUACAAUACGUAAAUAUUAUGAUAAUUCGUCGAAAUUGUCACUUUAAAUAUCGAAAUAAAGUCUUGUUUAAUUUCCAAUUCGUCUUUUAAAUUAUUUCAGUCUCUAUCAAUUCGUUACGCACAAGAUGUUUCCCAUUACUUAACUAUACUUAAAAUGGCCAUUCGCCUUAUAAAAAAAGUAUAAUCACACUAACAAGGAUGAAAAAGAAACAUUAAUGUUAGAAAAUGAGUUUUGAUUUACACAAGUAAAGACGUUUUUAACCCAGUUCGUGACAAUUUUGACUCCACGUCGAAAUAUAGCAGUUCCAAUAAUUAAAUUAUGAUUUAAAAUGAUAUUAUUACUUAUAUUUAUUAUAGAAUAAUUUAUAUUAUUAGUUUAAUUUAUGUAUAGUGUACCCACCUUAUUUCUUCGCAUAAUUUAUUAUUACGGGUGUUAAUGUAGAAUUUUUGGGACCCCUAGCCAUUUUUACCAUUUUCUGAUACUGAAAAAAUAAAUAAAAGCUUAUAAAACUUACAAAUUGAAUAACAUGUAAGUAAAAAUGGCUACUUGGGGUCCCAAAUUAAAUCGUUUUACACGUGAGUGGCUAUAUCCGAAUAUAUUGUUAAAAAUAGUGUCCUUAAAUUUCAUGAAAUGAAGAUGAAUUAUGUGUAAAUAAAACUCGAAUAAUACUUUAAUAUCAUGUUUGUUGUUAUUGAUAAGUAACAGUAGGAAAAAAUAUAAAAUCUCUCAGUUUUGCUUUUAUACAAUCCAGUAUUGUGUAAAUAUUUAAAUUAUUACUUACCUAUUUAUUUUGUUUACUGUGAAUGUGGCCCAAUUUAUUUACUCAACGUCAGAAAGCAGUCUGAAGUAUCUACUUAUGCACGCAUGCUAAAUAGAGUAAAUUACUAUAGCUUAUAAAAACUAUAGUUACUAUAAAAUCUGUGUGUGCUUGCGUCAACCGAGACUUAAUAAAAAAGUAUAUCAUGCGUCUGUCUUCCAUGAGACUGCUUAUUCGUAAUUAUUCCAGUGUUAUUGUGAUAAAGCUUAUAUACUGAUUAAAUAUUAUUUCUUACCUGACGCUCAUGUAAUAAAAUCUCCUUGGUUCGGGGCCAGUGUUGCUAUGCGAACUACCAUUUUACCCAUAAUGUUACGAAAUUAUUUAAACUGGCAACACUCGAGAUAUAAAAUUAUGUCUCACAAUAGGACAUUCCUAAAAUAUCUAAAGAUAUCAAUCUUGGAUAUUAACGUUUCAUAAUAGUUAUUAUUUUAUAUAAUUAAGUAGGUAUAUGUUUAUGUCGCGCUCAAUAAUUUAGUGUUAAUUGGUGCUGAAUAAAAUAAUGAAAAUGUAUUUUAGAAAAGUUGAGUAAAUAAAAAGUUUAGUAAUUUUGGAAACAGAAUAAAAUAUUUGAAUAUUA